AUGGUCCAAGUCAAGAGCUACAAACUACCCCCAACGACGCUAAUCCCCAACUCCCCUUACCCACUCCUCCACUACCCAGGCCUUCUAUCAGGAGAAGCGCUCAAACCCGACCAAAUCCACGAAAAGCUCGCCCAAAACGGCUGGACAACCCACUGGAUCUUCCGAUAUGGCCCAACGCAAAAAUCCCACUACCACUCCGGCGCCCACGAAUGCAUGACCGUGCUAACAGGCACGGCGACAAUCCGCUUCGGCGUCGCAGACACAACCGACGACCUCGAAGAAAGCACCCACGGCUCCGGCCGCGAACAAGGCGGCAUCGAAGUCCAAGCCAAAGCCGGCGACGUCUUCAUCCUCCCCGCCGGAACCGCGCACAAAACCCACGACACCACCCCAGCGGAAUUCGCCUUACUCACACCAGGCAAAGGCAAAGGCAUCGAAGCCGAGGACCCCAAGAAAGCCCUGAGCGAGAUCAAACUAGAUGGGUUCUGCAUGAUCGGGGCGUAUCCCAAGGGGAGUCUCUGGGAUUUCGCGGAGGGGCAGGAGAACGAUGGGCAUUUCAAGGAGGUUUGGGCCACGCCUAAGCCGGAGAGGGAUCCUUUGCUUGGGGAUGCAAAGGAGGGGUUGGUUGGACUUUGGGUGGAUCAUGAGGCUGCGCCGAAGAGGACGAGCAAGUUGUGA